UAUAGGUCAGGAAGGGUACGUCCACAGUGCUUGGUGGGGAUUGCGCUGCAAGAGAUUCUCAGGCUCUUGAUCGGCGUCGUCGUCAUUGUCGAUGGCUGCUGUGAGAGGUAGUGAGAGAGGGCGUGCGGAGCUACGUAAUGCCGGUCCGCGAUUAGCGUAUGCUCUGCUUAGCACCCUCCUCGCGAAAAGUUUACGAUGAGCAGCCUGUUCGACUGGCAUCAAACGUCAUUUCCUUCCUCCCCUACUCCAUUCCUAUCGUCAAUUGCGGUUUCUCAUUCGAAGAGAAAUCUGCCCCGAAAACCACCAGCGCCUCUAAUACCACUGUUGCGGCGCCAUGGAGCUUGAUCAAUUGAAAAAGGAACAAGCCAUCUCGCAGCUGUUCACCCAAAAUGGCGUCCUCUCACGGCUGAACGAUGUAUAUAUGGCAUUCCAUGAGCGGAGAGAGGCAUUGGGAUUGUCCAACCCCGGGACUGUUGAGAACAUCGCAAAGGAGGUGCAGCGUGAUGUCUUCUUGAACAACUUGAGCUUCUCUGGUCUCCGCGCCGACCUCACCAAGGCUUUCGGUGUUGCGCCGCUCUUCCAAGUAUCGCAUGCGUUAUCUAUGGGCUCGCAAGCUCAACCUCCAUACAGUUAUGGUGUUCUCUAUGGAUCACCCAAGGUCUUCCUCCAAGCGAACCUCGAUAACGAGCUCCAAUUUUCUGGCCGCUUCAACUGGCGAUGGACAUCCGCUCUCGUCAGUAAGACCUCGGUCCAGCUCACAUCACAGGGCAACAUGAUGUCGCUCGAGAAUGAUUACACAGGAGCAGACUUUUCGGCCUCGCUAAAAGCCGUGAACCCCUCUUUGCUCGACGGUGGCAUCACCGGCAUGGUUAUGGCAAGCUACCUUCAAUCCGUCACUCCCAACUUGUCGCUCGGACUUGAUGCCUUCUGGUCCCGCCCAGCUAUGGCAUACCCACCAGAUUUGAACGUUUCCUAUGCAGCGAGAUACAAGACUCCUGAGUGGAUGGCCUGCGGACAGAUUGUGCCGGAGCGUGGAAUCGAGGCCUCGUACUGGAAGAAGCUCUCCGAGAAGGUGGAGACCGGUAUCAAUGUCAAUUUGGCUUUCGCUGGACUCGGACCUGCAGGCCCCAUGGGACCCAUGGCCAAGGAGGGCAGCGUGACGAUUGGCGCCAAAUACGACUUCCGCACCUCGAUCUUCAGGGCACAGGUGGACAACAGUGGAAAGGUCGGAUGUUUGUUGGAGAAGAGGAUUGCACCGCCGAUCCAGCUCACUUUCUCUGGCGAGAUCGAUCACAAGCAGAAUGCUGCUAAGCUAGGCCUCGCUGUAUCCAUAGAAGCAGCGGAUCAAGAGGUGAUGGAACAGCAAGAAUCAGCAGCAGCAGCCGCUUCUGACCCGAUUCCUUUCUAAAGAGGACAAAUGAAAACAACUAAUAAUUCCCCACUUCCAGAGUUCUAGAACCCUUCUCUUCGCUGUAUUACCACCUUGUUUGGAGCGAGCGCAGAGCCUCGCUUUUCAAAAGCGUCCAUGUUCUCCUUCAACAGUUUUGUCUAGGCGCAUCUUGAUUCCAUAAUGGGUUACGGCUUGAUAGAGCGGGGGCAUGCGGCGGUCUUGUAUCAUGAGCGUCAUAGAGAAAGGGAUAUGAUGACUCACCGUGUAUAUCUAUAUGUUCUUUGGGCAUCCAUAAAAUUAAGCCGUAAAACCACUUGUUCGAGUGUUCGGAUGAAAGGUUAACCUAUGACGUGAUGACGAUGGUAAGGUGAGAACCAACCGUUAGCGCGGUGCAGCGACGGACA